GGAAAACGUGCGACUCCACUGUCAAUUACUGUGAGUGCAACCCCUGUUUCAAUGGUGGAUCCUGCCAAAGCGGGGUGGAGGGGUAUUACUGCCACUGCCCCUUCGGUGUUUUUGGGAAUCAUUGUGAACUGAACAGUUAUGGAUUUGAAGAGCUGUCAUAUAUGGAGUUUCCCAGUAUGGAUCCAAACAAUAACUACAUCUAUAUAAAGUUUGCCACUAUAAAAAGUAAUGCCUUAAUGUUGUAUAACUAUGAUAACCAAACUGGAGAGCGGGCAGAAUUUCUGGCCCUGGAAAUAGUGGAAGAGAGGCUGAGAUUCUCCUACAAUCUUGGCAGUGGCACGUACAAGCUUACCACAACUAAGAAGGUGUCUGAUGGACAAUUUCACACAGUUAUUGCCCGGAGGGCUGGAAUGGCAGCAUCACUGACAGUGGAUUCUUGCUCUGAGGAUCAGGAGCCAGGCUACUGCACUGUUAGCAAUGUUGCUGUUUCUACUGACUGGACUCUUGAUGUACAGCCAAAUCGAGUUACUGUUGGUGGCAUCAGGUCUGUAGAGCCCAUCCUUCAAAGGAGAGGACAGGUGGAAAGCCAUGAUUUUGUAGGCUGUAUAAUGGAGUUUGCAGUCAACGGACGUCCCCUGGAGCCCAGCCAGGCUUUAGCAGCUCAAGGAAUCUUAGAUCGAUGUCCCAGACUAGAAGGUGCUUGCACGACCAGCCCCUGCCAACAUGGUGGCACCUGUGUUGAUCACUGGUCCUGGCAGCAGUGUCACUGCAAAGAUGGACUGACGGGAAAGCACUAUAUUACUGCCGACACUGCCUUAUCGCUGGAAGGCAAAGGACGACUUGACUACCACAUGAGCCCAAACAAGAAGCGAGAAUACAUGAUGAGACACAGCACUCGAGGCACUGUCCUGGGACCCCCGAAUGUGGUUCGCUUGGAAGUGAAGUUCAGGACAAGAAGCGAGAACGGCGUUUUAGUUCACGUCCAGGAAAGCAGCAACUUCACUACCGUGAAGAUAAAAGGCGGAAAAGUGCAUUACAUAUCCGAUGCUGGAAUUGCUGGGAAAGUGGAAAGAAAUAUCCCAGAAGUGUACGCUGCGGAUGGUCAGUGGCAUUCGGUACUCAUUGAGAAGAACGGGUCUGCUACUAUCCUGUCGGUCGACGAGAUUCAUAGCCGAGACAUCCUCCAUGCCACACAAGACUUUGGUGGACUAAAUGUUCUUACAAUUUCUUUGGGAGGAAUCCCAUCAAGCCAACCUUUCAAGAGCACAGUUGCAGGCUUCGAUGGCUGCAUUUCCUACAUCAAGUACGGCGCCUGUGCCUCCAGCCCCUGCCAAAACGGGGGCAGCUGCGAGCCUGGACCGCACACCGGCUUCACCUGCAGCUGCCCCGAGGCAUACACAGGACGGAUGUGCGAGGCAGUGGUGGCAUGUCUGGGGGUCUCGUGUGCUCUGGGCCAUGAGUGUAGAGCGGGGAUCAAUGGUGGCCACAUCUGCCUCCCGUCCCCACACCCCGCCGAGCUGUCCCUGCCCCUCUGGGCCGUGCCGGCUAUCGUGGGCAGCUGCGCGACGGUUCUGGCGCUGCUGGUCCUCAGCCUCAUCCUCUGCAACCAGUGCCGAGGAAAGAAGUCGAAAGCCCCGAAAGAGGAGAAGAAAACGAAGGAGAAGAAGAAAAAAGGGAGUGAGAACGUGGCAUUUGAUGACCCUGACAACAUUCCGCCCUAUGGCGAUGACAUGACCGUCAGGAAGCAACCUGAAGGGAACCCGAAACCCGAUAUCAUCGAAAGAGAAAACCCAUAUCUCAUCUAUGAUGAAACCGAUAUCCCACAUGCCACAGAGACAAUCCCCAGCGCCCCACUGGCUUCCCCUGAGCCCGAGAUUGAGCACUACGACAUCGACAAUGCCAGCAGCAUCGCCCCAUCGGACGCCGACAUCAUCCAGCACUACAAGCAGUUUCGGAGCCACACGCCCAAGUUCUCCAUCCAGAGGCACAGCCCUCUGGGCUUCGCGCGGCAGUCCCCCAUGCCCCUGGGAGCCAGCAGCUUGACCUACCAACCCGCCUACGGGCAGGGCUUGAGGACAACAUCUUUAAGCCACUCAGCAUGCCCUACUCCCAACCCCCUGUCUCGGCACAGCCCUGCACCCUUCUCCAAAUCGUCAACUUUCUACAGGCACAGUCCGGCGAGGGAGCUGCACCUCGCCAUAAGGGAAGGGAGCCCGCUGGAGAUGCACAACGAUGUCUGCCAGCCUGGCAUUUUUAACUACGCCACUCGACUGGGGAGGAGAAGUAAGAGUCCACAGACCAUGGCGAGCCACAGUUCCCGACCGGGAAGCCGCCUGAAGCAGCCCAUCGGGCAGAUCCCUCUGGAGAGUGCUCCUCCGGUGGGGCUGUCCAUCGAAGAGGUGGAGAGACUGAACACCCCUCGCCCCAGAAACCCCAGCAUCUGCAGCGCAGACCAUGGCCGGUCCUCUUCUGAGGAGGACUGCAGAAGGCCUCUGUCCCGGACGAGGAACCCGGCUGAUGGUAUUCCUGCGCCCGAGUCCUCCUCCGACAGCGACUCCCACGAGUCUUUCACCUGCUCGGAGAUGGAGUACGACAGGGAUAAGCCCAUAGCGUACACCUCCAGGAUGCCCAAGUUAUCCCAGGUCAAUGAGUCCGAUGCGGAUGACGAGGACAACUACGGUGCCAGGCUGAAGCCCCGGCGCUACCCUGGCCGUCGAGGCGAGGGGGGGCCGGUGGGGGCACAGGCGACCACCGCCAGUGUUGGGGAUUGCUCGCUGCCCGUAAAGCUGGGGCAGCAAGCGGGAAGCUUCAACUGGGACAACCUCUUGAACUGGGGCCCGGGCUUUGGGCAUUAUGUGGAUGUUUUCAAAGAUUUGGCAUCACUUCCUGAAAAAACAGCAGCAGCAGCAGCAGCAAGUGAAGACAGCAAAGGUGGUACAACGAAGCCUGUUUCCAAGGAUGGGGAAGCAGAACA